ACAACCAGGGGAAUCUAGGUAUUGGAUAGACGUAAAACCGUAACACAUAGUGGGGUAAUGUGUGAGGAUGGAUGCCUCCAGAGGGUUGCACAAAUGUAAUUAGGGAUCGUUCCACUUUUCAAGAUAAUUGACUCGCUUAUCCCAUGGGAUCUAGUUACAUUAACUACACAUCAUCAUUUGGUAAGUUAACUAUGAUUCAAGGUUUGACAUCUAGUUUGGAUAUUACAUCUGUGAGGAAUAACCUGGUGAGUUUUGGAUCUAUUACAUUUUGUGGGCAACGACCGUGGGGAGCUUUUUGGAUACUUUUCAAAACAUUUUCCUUCUAAAUACGGGAUCUAACCUCGCCUUAACUUGGAAUCGCUUGAAAGUGGAAGGAAAUCCCUAUUAUGAAGGAUCUACUUUUCUAUGAAGAAUCUAGUCAGGUAAUGUAUCAUUCUGUCAAGGAUCUCCCAUCUUGUGCGGCACAUUUUUUCUUCGUCUCGGCUACUGGCGAUGGAUGGACUACUUUUACCUUUUUUUGGAUCGGUGGAUAUAGCUUGUUCUGGAUUAAAGUUUUCAACAUGCAGAUGGAAGAACUUCUCAUUUGUUACACAUCAAACGAGAGACCAAUGUAGUGCAUAUUUUCUAGGCUAUCUCAGUCAUUUUAAGGUGAGAUUAACUGCAUACAAUAAACAAUUUAAUAUGGAAGCUAUAUAAAGAAGACUUUGAAAAAAUAAUGGAGGAGCCCAACACCAAGAUUGUGGAGCUAUUCUUGUUUAGGAUUGAUGGCCAUGAAGACACACGAAGACUGCGUAGUUGGGAUGUAUCCGCCUGGAUGUACGCCCCCACCACCCCCAUGUUGGAUAUACUGAUGUGGACCCUAGUGUGGAUAGGUGUAGCAACCAUUUAUCUGGAUUACUCGAGUGUGGAUGUAGCUGUGUAAGGCCUCAGCUCCACAAGAAGUGAAGAACACAGAUAAUGUUAAAGGGAGCUGAAGACUACUUUUUCUAAGUUAGAUCUGCUGAAGCCAUCCAGUACGUACACUCCAUAAAGUCCAGGGAUUGUGGAAUUAAGAUGCCUAUGAGCCCACAAGGAGUUUAUAUGCUGUGACCAUAAGGUCUGUGAGUCUACAAGCUUGUGUGAUUUUUAAACUAUUAUCGGUGGAACGUAACUUUUGGAACAUACCGACAUACAAGAUUGAUCCAGUUGGAUGUAUUUUCCAUUCAGGCAUCAACUUGCUGUAUAGUUGACCUGGAAUGUCCUGAAGUUCAUAUUUUUUUCAUACAAAAGAUCCGUAUAUAUUUAAGGUCUUGUGUUACUACAUAUUUUUUUUUAAGCACAUGUCCAGAAAUCCAUCUAGAGGUCCAUUUCUGUGAUUCUUUUGUUUUUUCCUUUUUCCAUCCAGUGAAGGGAAUUAAGUAGCCUAACUGUGGAUUAUACAUCAACAACCUACUGGCCUGGUGCUCCACAGUAUUUGAAGAUAACGUGCAGUGCGAUUCAAGAGAACCGUUUUUGCCUAUUUAGAUCAAUUGAUUUUUCCCCUUGAUUUUUCUUUCGGGCUCUCGCAUUCUGAUCCACCUAGAAUUUAUUUGGAUUAGUUUCGGUAACUUCUUUCCAAAAAGUAGCUCAGAAAGCCGUGAACGUGCGUAUGACCACAGCCCAUACGGACACCAUGAGCGCAGUGGCACGUUCGACCGACAGCGCCACUACAACGCCGAUUAUUACCGCGAUCGCUCCAUGUUCGCUGCCGCCGGCCCGGCCAGCAGCGCCAUCGCUGGGAGCUUCGAGGCAUCAGACCCCCAUUUUGACUCGAGAAUCCGAGACCCCUUUACUCUGACUAAUUCUACACGGCGUGACCUUUACCGAGAUGACCGAGGACGACGGGUCGAUAGGACCUACCAUCACCGCCGGAGCCGAUCAUCUCAUUCCUCACAGUCACGGCACCCUUCUCCACAACGGACCACGGGGCAAACCCCCAAAGCGCCUCAUUCCCCUAAACGAGCUCCCUUGUCCCCCGGGAGAGGUCCACAAUCUCGAUCCCACAGCAGAUCUUCGAGCUCUGACUCUGUCAGCAGCACCAGCAGCACUGGCAGCGGCAGUGAUUCAAACAGCAGCUCAAGUGAUGGAUCGCGGGCACACUCUGUCCAGUCCUCAACCACACAUGCUCCUACUCAGUCUUCAAUGGGCCUUGACUCCGAUGAGCCGCGCAGGAGCUUUGGAAUUAAGGUUCAAAACCUUCCAGUGCGCUCCACUGACACCAGUUUAAAAGACGGACUUUUCCAUGAAUUUAAGAAGCAUGGGAAAGUGACCUCAGUGCAGAUCCACGGAGCUUCAGAAGACCGCUAUGGUUUGGUGUUCUUUAGGCAACAAGAGGACCAAGAGAAAGCCCUCACCGUCUCCAAAGGAAAGCUGUUUUUCGGGAUGCUCAUUGAAGUCACAGCUUGGAACGGCCCAGAAACGGAGAGUGAAAAUGAAUUCAGGCCCUUGGAUGGGCGGAUAGAUGAGUUCCACCCAAAGGCCACAAGGACACUGUUUAUUGGCAACCUUGAGAAGACCACCAGUUAUCAACAACUCCUUGACAUUUUUCAACGCUUUGGAGAAAUUGUGGACAUUGACAUCAAGAAAGUGAAUGGAGUUCCUCAGUAUGCUUUUGUUCAGUAUUCUGAUAUUGCCAGUGUCUGCAAGGCCAUUAAGAAGAUGGACGGAGAGUAUCUGGGAAGCAACAGACUUAAGCUUGGCUUCGGAAAGAGUAUGCCCACCACGUGUGUCUGGCUGGAUGGUUUAGCAACCAGUGUGACAGAGCAAUACCUCACACGGCAUUUCUGCCGCUAUGGACAUGUAGUUAAGGUUGUGUUUGAUAGAUUGAAAGGGAUGGCCCUCAUCUUGUACAACAACACAGAUUUUGCUCAGGCCGCUGUCAGGGAGACCAAAGGUUGGAAGAUUGGUGGCAACAAGAUAAAGGUGGAUUUUGCAAGUCAAGAGAGUCAGAUGGCAUUCUACCGAUCUAUGCAGGCAUCCGGUCAAGACAUUAGAGACUUCUAUGAAAUUCCUACUGAGCGACGAGAGGAACGCAGACCCCCAUACCAUGAAUUUACUGCAGAAAGGGCUUACUAUGAGAAUAUCCGAACCCCUGGCAUCUACCCAGAGGAAGCUCGAAGGGACUUUGCUGCUCGCAGCAGAGAACGUUUUCCUGAACUGGAACACUAUCAGGGGGAUCACUUUGACCCACGUUAUCAUGAAGACCCAAGGGACUACAGGGAUUACAGAGACCCCUUUGAGCAAGAUAUCCGAAAAUACACAUAUAUUCAAAGGGAGCGAGAAAGAGAGCGAGAACGUUUUGAGGCGGACCGCAGGUGGAGCCCUUCCCAGCCGAGGCGACCCGGCACCCCUACGGUAUCGCCUUCGCCAUCUGAGCGCGCUCCCAGAGACGCAGAACGGCGGGUUUACAGCCAGUCCUCUGAGCGAAGUGGAAGUGUCAGUUCCAUGUCACCACCACACUUUGAUAAAACUGAAAAGACCGUGCCGGAACUUGCUGCGAAGAGCGAUAAGAGCAGCCAACCAGAUCGUGUAGCAGGUGCUGAGAAAACCAAACGUGUGAAACGAAAGGAGAAAGGGGACAAAGACAAAGCGGAGAAGAUUAAAUCUAGGAAAGCAAAGGGGCAAUCUCCAUCCAACCCUCCACCUGAAACCGAGAUUGAUACUGGUUUUGAAGGAGCGUCGGGAAGAGGAAGGGGAUCAGACCAGGAUGCUCCUGAGAAACCGAAAAGUAAAGGGGAUAGUGAAUCUCCUACUGCAAAUCCAUUGUCAACUGUUCAUCAUGACCCUGUAAAAAGUGAAAAAGCUGAAAUGAGUAAAGGUGAGGGUUUAGACGUGGAUGGAAAAAACAGACUCAAGAAACAUCUAAAGCCUGAUAUCGGAAAUGAUGGAAAAGAUGUAUCUGUGGAUUCUGAUCGCCUUGCUGCAAGAAAAAGGCGCUUUGCUGAUUCAGGUGGCAGGACUAUUCGUCAGAAAAGAAGCAGACAUGAGGAGGAGGAGGUUUUUCCCUCCCCUGACUUUGGUGCCAGUGCCUCAAGUACCAAAGAGUCGGACACUGACAAAAACAAAGACUCACAACGGAGAGAUUCAAGACCUAAAGCUGAUAAAAGUGGCACUCAGAAAGAUGGCCAAGAGGACAUUAGAGGACAAAGAGAGAAGUCGGAGGGAUCUUUGGACCCACUGGAAGCCAAAGGACAUCCUGGGCACACUUCAUCCAAACGGUUCUCCCACGAGGGGACCACAGACCAAAGCGGUACACGGGAGCAAGAACACCCUACCGCUUUCAAAUUUGCUGCACAGAAUGCCGACCCUGACAAAAGUGUUAAAAACAAGGCAGACCAUGUUGACAUUGACCUCUCUCAGAGUUACCGCAAGCAAAUGGAGCAAAAUAGACGCUUGCACCAGCAGCAACAGCAGCGCGAGUCUGACAAAUCUGACAGACCAGGAAGUCCUCAAGGAAGUGAAACGGAGGACUUGGAACAUCGCAGUCUUGUCCAUGAAGUUGGUAAGCCCCCCGAGGAUGUCACGGAUAAUUUCCCUUCUCACAAACUGAAGAAACUGGACCUAUUUGAAACUGACCCAGGGACUAAGAGGGAGCGUGUCUACAGGAGCUUCAGACAAAAGAGUGAAGAUCCUGAGUGGAACAGCAUUUCCUCUCCAGGACAUCAGCUCUUCUCUCAUCAUGUUGUAGAAGAAGACUUUGUGGACCCUUCUCAGAAAGAGUCAUGUCCAAAUGAGGAAAAGAUUCACCCAGAUCUGGAGCUGUUGGUUAAAAGGACACAUAAUACGCCCGUUAACAAGCCAAACACUCCUUCGCUUAGUGUGGAAGAAGAGCAACAAAAGAGAUGGGAGAGCAGAGUCAAACAAGAAUUGUUACCUGACCUGACUUUUUCUAGAAGUCUAAGUAAGAAUGUUCACAAUCGCAAACGUUUGGAAUAUGGCAUUUGGCACGACUUGGAGCCUGGGGAAGUACGAUCCGACUCUGAGGAGGACAGAGAGAACAAACCCCACUCUCCCAUGCCGUCCACAUCCAUGCCCUUUACCGAGCGUCCAAGGGUUGACAGGUUUUCAGACCCCAAACUAGCACAUCUCGAAAGGAACAAAUUCUAUUCCUUUGCACUUGAUCAAACGAUCACACCUGAUACAAAGGCUCUGCUUGAACGGGCAAAAUCUCUCUCCUCUUCCAGAGAAGAUAACUGGUCCUUUUUAGACUAUGAUUCUCACUUUGCAAGUUUACGCAACAGAAAGGAUACUGAGAAGGUAGAAUCUGCCCCCCGACCUACACCUUCCUGGUACAUGAAAAAGAAAAAGAUCCGAAGUGGGUCUGAAGACAAACUUGAUGACAGAAAGGAGGAACCUAAGCCGGAGGAACAUGAACGCAGGGAACUUUUUGCCUCACGCUUCCUUCACAGUCCUGUCUUUGAGCUGGACUCCAGGCGACUUCAACACUUGGAACGCAAACAUGAAGAACCCGAACAUGCACAGAACCAACACUCUGGUCAGCCAGGGAGCGUAGAUGGCGAACUUGACUCUGGCCCAGUUGUCCUUUUCCAUAGUCGUUUUUUGGAACUGACACGACUGCAACAAAAGAACAAAACCCCUCAGCUGCAAGAAGCAAGGGGUGACGCAGUACCUACAGUUGAGAUUAAAGUGGAGAAAUCAGCUGUUCAAGAGGACCGCCCUUUAGAGUCGCCUGAAACAGUGCAAUCUGUCAUGGAGCCGGAGAUUAAACCCAUUAGUCCUGCUGAAGAGCUGAUCCCUGAACCCAGAGUCCCACCAACCUCGGUUCCCCAAUCGGUGGUUAAGGACUUUCCUCCACCAGAAGAGACAUAUGUUCCGUUGAUCUCAGCCCCCGAUCAAUGUACCCCUGUGUUAGUCAUAAAGGAAGAGGUAAAAGAGGUGAAAGAACCUGAACCCGUAGUAACCACACACCACCAGUUACCAGAAGCACCGCCUCCUACAGAACCUGCACAAAUGGCAGCUCCCGAACCCAGUUAUUCUGUGGAUAAACAUUCUCCAUCUGAAGGGAAGUUCCAUAUUACUGAGGAUGUGAAGCCUGUCUUUACUGAAACGCCGUGCCGCCGUGAUUCUCACGAUGAGUUUGUUAGCAUUUCAGAAGCAGAAUUGGAGCCUGAGACAACACAAGUGCCUGAAGCCAGUAGUCCCACGGCAACUAGUCCUCUAGAGAAAGACAAAGAGAGCCACAAUGUUUGGAGAGCAGAGCCUGAGGUAGAAACGAAACCAAUGCCCAUUGAUAAUGACACAAAUGACGAGGCCGUCUCACCUCAGAAAGAGUAUAAAAUGAAAAACAAAAAGAAACAAUCACCUGCCAGAGUUUCUCCUGUUCCUGUCGUAUCUACUUCUGGUUCUGAGAAGCCAGCGACACGCAAGAGUGAGCGCAUUGACAAAGAGAAGCUGAAACGUGGAUCGUCCCCUAGAGCAGAAUCAAGGUCAACGGGCAAAUCCCCUAUUCAUAGUUCCGAACCGGAUAUGUCGGAGCCGGGGAUAUCGGCGAGCAGAGCGCGACGAAGGAAUGUUAAAUCUGUGUAUGCCACCCCAGUUGAAGAUGAUGCGCCUGUUCGUUCUGGAAAGGAAAGCGAGUCGCCGCGCUCUGGGCGAAAGCGAGGUUCAGACAAAGAUGCAACACAACUACCAAAUAUUGAACAGGAUCCACCCGCCCCAAUUCCUGCAACUAAACGGGGCCGUCCCCCCAAGAAUCGCAGACAAGGCGAUGAGAGUUCAACAGUUAAAGUAGAAAAAUCUAAAAUGGACAACAAAGACACAGAUUCAAAUGAAUCGGAAGGUGCGGAACGAAUUCCAAGAGGGUCAAAAGGAAAAUCGUCCCCUCAUGGCACAAAAAGUUCAUUGAAUCCAAUGUCUACGGUUUUAGGAUUGGGAUCAACAAGGAAGGGACCAAAAACUGAGGGGGCUGAUGAUGAUCAGGAAAUGGAUUUCACAGAUGAAGAUUCCAUGGCUCUGCAAGAUCCAUCAAGUUCAUGUAAGGAAGAACAAACUGCAAAAAUUGAUCAAAAGAAAGAGGAAAAAGAAGAAUUAGGCCGAAAUAAAGAUGUUUUCCGUGAAAGUAAAUCAAAUGGGAAUGAGCCUGAUUCUCAAGUCUUAGAAGAGAAACCCACCCUGGAAAAAGACCGUAUCGUUAGAGGAAAAACAAAGUUGACUAGAACUCCCAAGUCUCCUGUUCUUAAGAACCUCAAAAUCCGACUAAAUUUGACCGAGGUGAAAGAUCUUCUUCAGUUAGGAGAUGAUGAUCAAGAAGAUUCUUCAAAAAAGUUGAGACCAGGUGACCAGGGCGAUCUUGUUUCAAAGUCUACUAAUGCCAACAAAGACGAGAAGGAAAAUGCCACUUUGGAAAAAAAAGAGCUUCUGGAAUCUCCAAAAAGCUUAAUUUCACAGCUGGAAUUAGAGCAGGCACUGAGAAAUAUUUCUAAACUUACGGAUCCAGAUUCUCCAACAGAACCACCAGCGCUGCCGGUCCCGCUUACAGAAGGGAAACUUGAGCCAGAGGAAGAAAAACCUUCCAAUCCUGCUAGCGAGACGGAACUCAUGGCUGCUAUUGACUCCAUAACUGCUGACGGAACGGUAUUGACUCCAGCAGCUCCAUCGAGGCCAGAUGUAGCUGCAGAACCUGAGGUACAAGAUCUGAUUUUGCCAGCUAAGGAAAUUGAACCUGAAUCCAAUGCACCUGCUUUACAGCAGGAGCCUGUCUUGUCUGCUACACCCAAAAAGGGAAGACCAAAACGUUCUAAAGUCCAAAAGCCAGUAAGAAAAGAUUCUAAGGAAGGACCUUCAAUAAGUGAGGAAUUGACGACUCCUUUGGCAGAUAGCCCACCUUCCACUGUGAAGACAGCUCCUGCAACAAUUCCAUCAGCAGCAACUACCGGGGUCAUUACUUCUACUACAUGGAAGCCAGAACUGGAGCCUUUGGCCGCAAAGGUCUCCGACGUAAACGCAGAGUCAGAGACAUCUUCUGAGGAACACAUGCAGCAGCAUAAAUCGGUUAACCCCCAGUCUAAGAGUCAAAUGGGCCCAAAGCCUCAACAGGUCUCAGCUGACUGCAUCUCCCCUUCCCUGUCUCCCCUAGCCAACAGGCCAAAUAUCAGACCCAUUCAAACGAGUAGAAUUCCUGUUUCUCCCCCAGAUUGGCGGAAUCCGUCUAAAGAUCCAGGAGUCUCCUCUUCACCUCUCGUGCCGUUGGCGUCUAAGGAGAACCAGCCUUUACCCUCAGACUCUGCAAUCGUUGAUAUUGAUUAUGGCACAAGUGACCUGAGGCAGAUUCUUAUGAAACAUAAAAAUAUUUCCUUGCCAGGCAGUAGUUCUACUCAAAGUAAUCUUCCCACCAUGCGCGAUCAAAACCCCCCUGAAAGUAAUCUUCCGUCCGCCGCUGUGACGAAUAAGUCCCCCCUAUCGGGGAGCGUAAUGGCUGCUCAUCCAGCGCCACCCAUCGUUCGAGCUCCAGCCUCACUACCGUCUCCUGAGACAAAGUCUGUGAUCUCUGUUAUUGCGUCCACUGCCACCUCUGUUAUCAGUCGUGUUUGCAACCCUCCCGAGCCUGACGACAAGGCAAACGUGAACAUUGUGAAUCCCUGUGUUGACAUGACUCUUCCCAAACAAGCCUACAGGCCCAGCAAAGACGAUACCGGAUCAUACCACGUUCCAUCCGUUGGUGAUGGGGGUGCUGCACGCUUCAUCGUCGAUACCCUCGGUGCAGGAUCUUGCCCCGGUCUGAGAGUAAAUACAUCUCAGGGAGUGGUCGUAUUAAGCCACUCUGGCCAGAAGACGGAAGGGCCGCAGAGGAUUAGCGCAAAGAUAAGUCCGAUCCCACAAGCAGCAGCAGGUGACAUAGAAUCUCAGCCGCUGGUGUCCAUUCCCCAGAUUAAACAGGAUAUGUAUGGUCAUUCGCAUUUAGGACUUCAAAAGGGGCCCUCACUGCAGACAGACCAUGGGCAUCCUGGUAAGACACAGUCAACUUUGUCUUCUAUUAAACAAGAAAGCACUGGCUUGGAAAAGCUGGAAUCAACGUACCAGUCUGGACCUCAAGGGGUAGUGAAGCGUCUCACACAAGGUGGCCAGCAAGUAAUGAGUUACCAUCAAGAGUACAUGCCAAUAAAACAUCAAAAGAAAAUGGACAGUGUGGAUCCUCACAGCACGGAUGGAGCUAAACCUUCUUGGACCUCUGCCAUAAGUCCUGCAAUAAGCCCCCAUUUGCCUUCUCCGCCCGGCAACCACGUGGGUUUUGGCACAGCGGCGGGUGACCGAGCGCCGCCCCACAUCAGCGGGGUCAAACAGGAGCCGCGGUCCCCUCGCAAGUCCGGUCAUCCACACACUCAGUUUACUAAAGUGUCGUCGCCCGUGGGCUCCUCGUCGCCCAAGGGCCUACCGGUGAUGUUAUCCACUGGCCUCCCCGCUAUGCAACAGUUCAUCACUGGCGUACAUCACGCCGAGCAGUCGGUCAUCAUGCCGACUCACAAUGUGCCCGGAGGCCUGGGACGGAUGUCUCCUCAUGUCAACCAGUCAAUGCCAGUGGGGCACCUUGUCCAAGGGGACGCUCGGGUCAACACUCCACCUCUGUCUGUGAUGAGCUACGGGAUGCACAGUGAGCCCCUCGCCUCUCCGUGGUCUGGUCCCAUGCCACCGCGGCCCGCCUCUCCCCAGGCUGUCGGCAGGGACAAGGUCCUCAAGGUGAACCCCGGUUCUCUGAGGGGCCACGACGGGGAACAGGAGGAAGCGAGACGCUUCCACCAGGCCUCUGCAAGGCAAUCUGCAACGCAGAUAAAAUCGGAGCCUAUGCAGUCUGAUCCUCGCGGGUACAUGUCCCAACGAGAGAUACGUGCCCUCAUGCAGGGAGAGCGUCUGGCCACUGACUCGCAUUCUGGACACAUUCAGGAGACCCUUCCCUCAUCUGCUGCACCUUCCAGCCUGCCGUUAUCCUCGUCUCCAAGAGCGCAUGUUUUGCCCAAAGGUGUGUCUGAGAAGGAUAUGACAAAGAAUAUUGAGGCAAAGAGGGCACACUCUCCUCUUCCAAAGGAUGGAAUGGUGGGGAUCAGACAAACUGGGCAAGCAAUGGCGUCGCCACAGAGAGUUCAGCUAAUGGCACCAGGACCCAGUGGCUCAUUCCCUGAGUAUACUGGGAUGUACUCGAACCCAAGAAGCAUCCAUCCUCAAGUCCCCGAGACGUCUGCCGUUGGACUUAACCAGCCGCCACUGAACGUCACACCAACCACGGGCGCAGAAACCCAGACAAAACCAGACGGAAAGCUGUCCCAGCCGGUUAAUAUGGUGCAGUUGCUGACGAAGUACCCAAUCGUGUGGCAAGGCCUGCUGGCAUUGAAGAACGACACGGCUGCAGUCCAGUUACAUUUUGUGUGCGGUAACAAAGCUUUGGCUCAUCGCUCCCUGCCACUUCAGGAAGGAGGCGCAUUGCUUAGGAUCGUCCAGAGAAUGAGGCUGGAGGCAUCACAACUAGAGAGCGUGGCCCGAAGAAUGACGGGGGACAGUGAUUUCUGUCUUCUCCUCGCUUUGCCAUGUGGACGAGAUCAGGAUGAUGUCCUGAGCCAAACUCAAGCUCUUAAGGCCGCUUUCAUCAACUACUUGCAAGCAAAGUUGGCUGCUGGUAUCAUUAAUAUCCCCAACCCAGGUUCCAAUCAGCCUGCCUACGUGCUUCAGAUUUUCCCACCAUGCGAAUUCUCAGAGAGCCACUUAUCUCAGCUCGCCCCCGACCUCCUCAACAGGAUCUCCAGCAUCUCACCACACCUCAUGAUUGUCAUCACCUCUGUGUAACUGUCUCUGCUGGGAAACGUACCCUCGACGGAUGUUCUUGCGGAUGAGCCUCAGGAAAUCAGAGGAGAACUUUUUUUUUUCCUUUACACAAUGGGAAUGUGUAAGAUGUACCCCGGAAACACUUUCUUUUCAGUCUUCGCAUCUGUUAUUUUUGUCCUCAAAAGAACUCUGAGAUGGACCCAACCGGAAUUAGUCUUAUUUGACAUUUAUUUUCUCUGCUGUAUUUCUAUUUAUUGGAGUUUUAUUUUAAUGUUCGAAGAUGCUCUGAAGAAAAAAAAAUCAGGAUGUUUGAACGACUGACUAUCUUGGUGGCCUUUUUUUAAAUUUUGUUUUUUAUUGAUUGUCAUUAAUUUCUUUACAAGAGUGGAUCAUAGAAGCUUUUCCACCUCAAUGGCUAAAAAGGCAUUUCAACAUGUCAUUUUUAAAUAAUUAUGUACAGACCGUCUUGCCCAGAAUCUUUUAGGAGGAAGAAUUAUCUGUAAAGCUAUGGAGACUGUGGAGGACCAUGCUCCUUUAAUUCCACCAGCUCUGCUUUUUCUCACAUAACUGGAGCGGUUAUAUUUUUUUUGGGCACCUGCCUUUGCAUUGAACAAGCUACAUUAUGAUUUGGGAGUUUUUGAAUACAAGACUUGUAGAUAUUUUAAAUAUUUAAACCUUGGACAAUGGAACUUGGACAACUUAACAGACUUGAACACAGAGUGACAUUUAGAUGGAUAUCCUUGAUUUUUGGGUGUAAAUACUUGUAACACAAGAAGGUUGGCAAACUCAUCUGUGGAGUCUGCUGAUUGCACUUCAUAUUUUGUAACUCAAAUAAAAAAAAACUCGAA